AUGCAGUCUGGCAACAUUUUGACAUCCGCUGUGAAGCUGGAAACUCCGAGGCUGCCUUCCUCUCCACCUCCCCGAGUCCCUCCUGCGCUCCCUCCCUCUCUCUCGCACUACGCUGCAGCAGCCUCAGCACCUCAGUUGAGUAGGAGCACCGCACAGAGUCACAUCGAGACACACGCGCUGUCUACACGCACGCACACACAUGCACUCAGGCGCAGCCUCCUGCAGCAUCCCAUACGGCGCAGCGGCUUUUCCAGCGGCAUACCAAGUGCGUCCUCGCCCGGAGAUGGGAGGUGCGGCUCCCGGCUCACAGAGCACUCACAACGGCUUAGUAGAGUCUUGCUGAUCGGGGAUGCAGCUGGAAGUCUGCUGCUACUUCAUCUUCCGGUGCAAGAAUCGUCUGUUAACUACAUCUCUACCGGGGAUUUAAAGUGGACAAAACGCUUGAUCAGGAUAUAUUAUUAUUCUGAACAUUUCUCUUUUUUUGGGGGGGGAGUGAAAGGAGUUGGGAUUGCUGUGGACGUGCCUCUUAUCCGCAGUGUCGAUGCGGCUGUGACUGAUAUCUGCAUAGAUCACAGUCGAGGACUUGCCUUCGACAAGACUCAGCUGGACAAGGUGCAUAAUGUCCUGCUUCUCGACAGAGGUAUAAACCCGACAGAUUGA